AUAUGGCUCGUCACCUUGGAUACCAAUGUUUUACCCCAGGGAUUGGUCACUCCUGCUGCUGUCAGCACUGUAAACACUGCUGGGGGGAGUCGGCCCAAGUCCCCACCCCCAGCCAGGUCUCAGAGGGGAUCGUCCUUCAGGCUCGGAGGGGCCUGCCUGUCACUGCACCCCCAACCCUAGCUCAGGGGCUGUAGAACUCGAGAUACCAUCUCGUUUCUCCUGGCUGAGGAAGGGAAAGGAACGUCCACACCUUCCGUACUCGUCCAUUCUGUGUCCCGGGGGCCUGGAGUAAAGACACCUUCAAAUGCGGAGGCUCUCCAGACUCAGCUUUCCUGGAAACUGAUCUUCAAUGCACUAAGAGAAAGAGACUCUCAAACCAAAAAUGACCUGGAGGCACCAUGUCAGGUUUCUGUUUACGGUCAGUUUGGCAUUACAGAUCAUCAAUUUGGGAAACAGCUAUCAAAGAGAGAAACAUAACGGCCGUAGAGAGGAAGUCACCAAGGUUGCCACUCAGAAGCACCAACAGUCACCGCUCAACUGGACCUCCAGUCAUUCCGGGGAGGUGACUGGGAGCGCCCAGCGCUGGGGGCCAGAGGAGCCCCUCCCCUACUCCCGGGCUUUCGGAGAGGGUGCGUCCGCGAGGCCGCGCUGCUGCCGGAACGGCGGCACCUGCGUGCUGGGCAGCUUCUGCGUGUGCCCGGCCCACUUCACCGGCCGCUACUGCGAGCAUGACCAGAGGCGCAGUGAAUGCGGUGCCCUGGAGCAUGGAGCCUGGACCCUCCGCGGCUGCAACCUCUGCAGGUGCCUCUUCGGGACCCUGCACUGCCUUCCCCUCCAGACUCCUGGCAGCUGUGACCCGAAAGACUUCCUGGCCUCCCACGCUCCAGGGCGCGGCGCCGGGGGCGCGCCCAGCCUGCUGCUCCUGCUGCCCUGCGCGCUCCUGCACCGCCUCCUGCGCCCGGACGCGCCCGCGCACCCUCGCUCCCUCGUGCCUUCCGUCCUGCAGCGGGAGCGGCGCCCCUGCGGAAGGCCGGGACCUGGGCAUCGCCUUUCCUUUUCACUGUUGUAAAUAAUAGGUGUGUUUAGUUUACCGUAAGCUGAAGCGCUGGGUGGAUAUUUUUACGGGGUAAUAAACAUUUUCAUGAAAGCGCCUUUGGCUCCAGAUCCAGAUCCAGAUCCGUGUGUCCCCAGCACGACUGGGACCUGUAGGUAGAGACAGCAGGACAACAGCAAGGAGCCAAAGCUGGAGCCAGAAAGCCUGGCACCGCCUCCUUCCCCCGACAGUUAGCACCUUCCUUUCACAACACCUCCCUUAAGCGGGGCGCGUCUGCUGCGGAACCCACCACAAAGCGAGGCAGGCAGAGUUCAGCCUACAGAGCCCCAGGCAGCCUCCUCCGUCUCCCCAGCGCCGCUUCUCAGGCCACUUCCACAGCCUGUCCGGGGCGAUGGGCGCCGCGAGCUGAGCACGCCAGGCCGGGCCGCACCACACAGGCUUGGCCAUGCGGAAUGAGCGAGCACCUCAGAUCCUGGGAUUCACCCUGCAAAGGCUGUGACUGUGACCUGACCGUGACCAGAGGGUCAAAGGCCGAGCCUCGGAGGAGCUGAAGCUUCAAUCAGACGCUUGGCUGAAGGACAGCAACUGCCACGCAGCUCCUCCCUGAACACCUGUCUCUCAAAUCAGCUAACUUAGUGAUUUGGUUUUCGAAUGGGAUAGAUUUAGAAUUAGCUUUGGUGAUACUUAGUUAUUUAGUUUACUAAUGGUAUAGAUUUCGAAUUUGCUUUGGUGAUAUUUUUUGCAUUUUAUGUUGUAAGUUUUU